AGAAGCAGACACGGGUUACGCUACCGAUGGCAUCGCAGUGAAACUGCUGUGCAGGGACACGUGGCCUACUGAUGGCAUUGCAGUAAAACUGCUACGCGGGGACACAUGGCUGCCUAGGAUAGCUGUAAGUCAAUACCAUCCUCCUGGGCAAAACCAGCAGGUACACUCAAUAGCUGAGAGAAAACCUGGGAAUGCUUCACAUCAUGCAUUCAGAAGGCUGGAAUCUUACCAACCAGGUCCUGAAGAACUAACAGAUGACCACCCAUCAGGCUACAGAGGGGGUUUUAUUGCAUCCACGUUGGAAUUAGCCCAGAGAUACUACUCGGGGUAGACAAUGAACAACACUGCUAAGUGCCAUGAUGAUCACACCCUGGAUAAGUAUUUGUUUCCAUCUGUGUACAGCAUUGUGAUGAUGAUCAGUAUUCCCAUCAAUUGCAUAUCCCUCUAUGCAUCUUGCAUCCAGGUGAGGAAAAAGAAUGAGUUAGCAGUCUACACCUUCAGCCUGUCCCUGGCUGACCUUUUGUACUCUCUCAUUCUGCCUCUGUGGAUUGAUUAUGCCUGGAAUGGAGAUAAUUGGAGGUUCUCUGCCUUGCUUUGUCAGAUUUCUGCCUUCCUUAUGUAUAUGAAUUACUACACCAGCACUGCGUUCCUAGCUUGCAUCUCUGUUGACAGGUACCUGGCACUAGUUCACCCCUUGAAGCUCCAGCACUUGCGCACAAGAAGGUUUUCAUUAAUUGUGAGCAUAAUUGUUUGGCUUCUGGAAAGCAUCUCAAAUUCAGUCAUAUUGAUGAACAAAGAAGUAUUCAAUGAUCCUUGCAAUUUCACUAAUCAUACGUUAUGCUACGAUAAUUACCCUCUGGAAUGGUGGCAGGCAUGGAUAAAUUUAUUCCGGAUAUGCUCAGGGUACCUGGUCCCUUUGAUAGUCAUUGUGUUUUGCUACCAUAAAAUCUACCAAGUAGUAAGGUGUAAUCAAGCCACAGUAGAUGAAGAAAAGAAAAAAGUGAGGAAACUUAUUCUGAAUAUCACAGUUACUUUCAUUGUUUGCUUCAGUCCUUAUCACAUUAUAUUGCUUAUUCGCAGCAUCAAAGAACCUUACACCAGUGACCUACAGAUUUUGCAGUUGCUGUAUAAGGUUUACAGAAUCACUCAGGCCUUAACAAGUUUGAAUUGCAUUGCUGAUCCCAUUCUUUACUGCUUUGUGAGUGAAACUGCACGAACAGACAUACUGAAUUUAUUCAGAUGUUGCUUCUGCCUACGAAAGCAUGAGGGAGACCAAGUGAAAGACCAUGCUCUGUGCAGUUCUGCUACAAAGAGCAGUGCUCUGAUCACCUACAGAACUUAGUGCGAAACAGAGACUGUCAAAAAUGCCUGAGCAAACACAUUCAAAGCAAAAUUGCAUAAUAAAAAGAGGAAAGAAAGAAAAUUUCUUCCCCAGUCUGUAUCUAGGAAGUACCCCAAAAGUCACAGAUACUAACCUAAAGUGAAAACAGUAGCUGGAUUUAGUAAGAACUUAUUACAGGGUCAGUGAAAUCAAUGGAGCAUCGACAUAUAUCUUUAAAUCAGGCAUGGUACAUAAAUCACUGUCAACAAACACACACACAGCCAAGAAGGAUGACCAUGACAUGCUGACAAAAUUACUGAGGAUCCCCACAGAACUGCCUCCUGUCACAGCUUGCUAGCUAGCCCACAUGCUGGGCAUACACAUACUCAGCUGGAGGAAGGCUGAAGUCCUCUUAACCUAGUCAUUUGUUUUCCAGUUUUAGUAGAAACCUAAAGCUUAGCUGGGAAGAAGCCUCAAAAGGGAUUUUUUUUUUUUUAAACAGUACUGUGAUAGAAGUGAAUAAAUCAUGCACACACAUGGAGAUCAUUCAAAUGAUCGACAAAGGAGCAGACACAGGAAAGGUUGUAAAUCUUCUCUCUAAUUUCAUUGUGUAAUUUAUGCUGCUAUGAUGAUUCCCGUGUUUCAGAAAUAUAUCAGUUUCUCCUUCAGCAUACCCCUGAGAUUAACCACUUCUUAAAAUUGUUUACUUCAUGUGUUCAGGUACUUACCCGCUCUUAAGCUUUUCAGCUUUUAUUUUAUUUGGAAAAUAUAUGAUCUAAUGUAAAACCAUAUGUCAUGUAGUUUCAUUACAAUAUCAAUAUUGGGUUUCAGAUAGUUGAAGAUUCAUUAUUUCAAGUGCCUAUAAAGAACCAAAUUCUAGCCCCCAGUGGUUUAACUCAGAUGAAAGUUUUUCCUGAUAUAUGUAGGGAGGAAAGAGAAGGAUUGGAAGGUGAGGUUUCACAUCUCCACAGCAUAAAGGACCAGCUUUUAGACUUGCUUAUUAUGACUGAAACACAGAGUGCGGUUACAUUGCAGAGUCAGCAGAGCAAGAAGGUUUAUAUCCUUUUACUUAACUGCACCUGUAGGCCUCAGCUACAGGUUCCAGGGCGCUCAGUCUGCCAGUUCUAAAAAAAAAAAAUCAAACAACAAACCAACAAGCAAUACUGACAAACCAGCAAAGAACAAACAAUAAGAAUGGUAGCAAAAGAACUCACAUUUUAAAAGGGUUGAAGUUAGCGCAAAUCAAAAGUACAGCUGUUAAUUCAAGGACAUGUUCCUGCACAGGCACCUGCAACAGCUGCAUGGUUCCCUGGUAUUGGUGGGCACUCAACACACUGAAAAGAGUUAGAGCACCAUGGAAAGUCUGUUUUUUCUCCUCCCACAGACUUUUCACUUCUGUUCAGUUGCCAGAAAGAAUGUUUAGUUAUGGUGGUUGUCCAGUUUCAUAGGGAAAAAAUUUUUCUUUUCAUCAAAAAAUGCCCCUCUAACAAGUCUAUGUAGUGGAAAAAUUUUGACCAUCACUUUUUCAGCACAUUUCUAGACCUGACAUUAUACUUGGAGGAUGAACAUACAGUGGUCACAAGCAGUAAGGUAAUUCUUAUGAGUAGAUCCCUCUGUGUGUAAAUUACAAAUUUCUCCAUUACAAUGAGCCACUUCUGUUGUUUUCAUGAGUUACUGUUUGUGUCUAUUUAUACUUACAAUUAAUUUCACAUUCUGAGAGGGGAACUUGAGAGGAUCAGGAGGCUGGGCUUGUUCAGCCUGGAGACGAGAAGACUCUGGGGGACCUAAUGGCAGCCUUGCAAUACCUGCAAGGAGGGUAUUGAGAAGAUGGAGCCAAGCUCUUCACAAGAGCACACAGCAGGACAAGAAAUUAUGUGCAUAACUUGAGCACAACUUUUGAGCAAUGAGGACUGCCAAGCAGUGGUGCAAGUUGCACCAAGAUGUUCUGCAUGCUCUAUCCUGACAGGUUUUCAAGACCCAACUGGACAAAGCCCUGAACAACCUGGGCUGGCCUCAUAGCUGACCUCCCUUUGAGCAGAAGGUUGGACUAGAGAAUUCCUGAGGUCUCUUCCAACCCGAAUUGUCUUGUGAUCCUAUGAACUGUAUAUGUCACUAUUCUGGCUGCUGCCUUCCUUUCUAAAAAAGUAUGUUCCUUCCCUUCUUUGUUUUGAUUUGCUGGAAUUUGUUUUGUUUUGAUGAGAAUUUUUUUCUGUAAUACCUUCUUAUAUGUUAUGAAGGAAAAAGUAUGUGAGCAGUAGUACAAGUUAUUUCACCACAGAUUGUUCCUGUGCUGACCUAUGUAUUUUGCAACAGAAUGUGAAAUUUCACAGCACUGGAAUAAAAGCGGAACUGAGCUUCACUGUAACUUCAUGGAAAAAAUAACUUGGUGGUUCAUUUCUAGACCUUUCACAUGCCAGAAAGGUUGGGAAAGUAAUUCUAUUUGGGCUUUUAAUUUAUUUCAAAUAAAUAAUAAUGAAAACUAAGCAACAAAA